AUGGAAAUGCCGCUGAAGAUUUGGGUUGUGAUAAUAAGUUUUAUAAGUAUAGUUCCAUUGUUUUUAAUGGCACAAAAUCUUCCAAAAGACUAUGUUAAAGCUCACAAUGAUGCACGUGCAGAAGUUGGGGUUAAGCCACUGAAGUGGGACUUGCAGCUUACAUUGCAUGCUCGCAAAUUCGUGAAGAAACACAUUUCGGACUGCAAGAAAGGAUUUCAUGAUGCGACUUUUGUUGGUAAUAAAUAUGGCCAAAAUUCAGCAUAUCAUCCAGGAUCUGUGUCAGGUGUAGAAGCUGUGGCUGAGUGGCUAAAACACAAAACAAAUUAUGACUAUAAAUCUAACUCUUGCAUUGAUGGUACCCUUAAUUGUAUUGUUUACGGUCACAUUAUAUGGCCUGCAACUACUUAUUUAGGUUGUGCUAGAAUCAAAUGUCACAAUUAUGGAGGCACCCUUAUUACUUGUUUUUAUGACAGUACAAUCCGUUUUUCACAUUAG